AUGGCGUCCCCUCCAUCUCACCCGUCAACGUCUUCUGAGACUCAUGGGAUCGAUGAUAUGGACGACAUCUCCUUAAAUUCUACUGACCAUGAGGGCGACAGUUAUGAGGAUGAUAAGGAGUGGGUUGUUGAAGAUGUGUAUGCUGAGAGACCACACCUUGACAAACCUGGCGAGUUACAAUAUUUGAUUAAGUGGGAGGGCUUCCCAUUAGAUGAAUGUACUUGGGAACCUAUAGAACACUUAGGGCCAGGUCUUCUUACCGACUGGGAAGAGACAAAGGAGAAAAUCAAGGCCGGUAUCCGACUGCCAUUUGACGUCGAAAGAUAUAAUCAGGCUUACAGAGAAAAGGAGGAGAGGAAGAGGAGACGGAAUGCUAAGCGGAAGCGUCUCGGUUUGCUACCGCCUUUACUACCGCCCACCCCAGAACCUCCCGAAACGCCUACCCUACGCAGCCUAGAGGACUCCCCCACUAUGGUAUCUAAAGAUGAACCAGCUCUUAACGAAGGAGCCCAGGAUGCGGAUGGCAUCAAACCAAGUCUUAUAAUCCCCGAGACGAGACCGCCAGAUGUACCAAAACAGAAGGUUCCUAAAACUGUACCCUCCGAAAAGUCUAGAGUGGAUGUAAAUGGAACUCCCAAGGCAAAUAAAAAGAAGCAACCACGACAGCCCACACCUGUAUCAUCGUCUAAAUCACCACCCAUCCCAAACCAGGCAAAGCGAAGAGCCUCGAGCGACGCAACAACCAACACCACCAAAACCGGAUACCAAGGAACUGCGAGAAAGUCCAGCGGGAGCGCGAGUACAGAAUCGUCUAAAGCCGCUAAAAACAAGACUUCCUCUCAAAAUCCACCAGCUUCAGUACCUAAACCCUCGCCAGGGAUGCCUCCUAGAAUUAUGUCUAGUCUAGCAAACAAAUUUGGUGUGAAGAAGCAUACAGCAACACGUACAAGACCCCAACCAACCGCACCGCCAAAAAGAACAAAAAAUGUUUUUGUUGGAGGCAAAGAACGUAGGAAGAGGGCGAGCCUGAAUGAUGUUAUGGAUGAUCCGUCCAAGGCCCCAAAAGCCUUCAGUUCAAUGCAUGUUAUGAACAUCGCUAAGAAACGAGGACUUGAGAGAAAUGAUGGAGCUCCUCCUAGCCUCUCUUCAAUUCCGCCAAGCUUUAUUGUAACCAAUAAUCGGAACUCCAUACCUACUGCAGACCAGGCGAAGGCAAAUGUGCCUUCUGCGCCGCCAGAACCGCCUCCCCUUGUCCAAAGCCCGACGACGAUAUCACCAACUAGCGCGACUAAUGCUUUACCGAUUCCGAAGGCGAGGAAGUCUGUGCGUUUUACUGAAGCGCAAGACUUCGUGCCGGAAGAUACACCGAUGACUGACGCUACGACCAACAUAGUUGACUACGCUGUCGGUGGGCAAGAUGAUAUGAAGCGUCCUCCGGAAAGCCCAGUAUCAGCUAAAGCUCUUGCGUCACCUAGAAAACUCUCAUUAGCUACUUACCAGGAGAGGAGUCAGGUACAAGUUGUUGCUAAGACAGCCGUGUUCGGAAAGCCUGGAUCUGAAUCAAUCCGGGUUGUAUUCAGUGGUAUUCCUCGUCAGCCUCAGCAAUGGCUGUCGGCUUUUGUUGCUCUGGAAACCCUGAACUUCAACUCAAUUUGUACUUCCUAUAAUUUUAUCCCUUACAAAUCUGAUCUGGUGCAAGAGACGCUAUCCACCGGCGCUAUCGAGACCAAUUCAGGCGAGAUUAAAUCCGCCUUAGCCAAUAUAGCCGAACAUCUCCGCCGAAGCUCAUAUGGGAGCCACCUGGUGACUGAACACUUCUCAAUUAUUGUCUAUCCUUCGAACUGCAGUGCAUGGGAUGGACUCGAUAUUGACAAAAACAAUUCCGAAUCACCAUUGCGGCAUAUGAUUUACAGAUCACCGGUCGACGCAAGGCUUUAUCCUCCAGUAUCAAUUCCUCGUGCUCCAGCCCGCCUAAGCGAUAUAAAGGCAGAGUCGCAUUGUAGGGUACUCAGCGAACGUUUGUUUGGGCUAGAAAUGUCCCAAUUUAUUCCACAGGAACCAAAACAAAAAGAUAAGCAAGUGUUCAUGUUAUUGUUUCCGAAAAGGGAGGCUCAGGUGUGCAAUUUCGUCAAGCUUUGGCUCCGUUCUUGCCAGCCAGACUGUCGGAUCUUCUCCAAUGAAAUUAAGGAUAGUUGGGCUAAAUUCCAUGAAACUGUGAGAGCUGGGGCGGCGGGCACUAUUAUCCUUCACGAGGAUGUAAGUGUCGCCAUUCGACAGCUGCCGCGUUUGUCUCUACUAUUCCAAAACAGACGUUGCUACACAUUUUGGGACCUCGCUACCGGCCAAUAUAGCGUACCGAGAUUCCCAUCAUAUGGAGACGCAGCGAUCGGGCCCGGGACACUUCAAAUGACACGGCUGUUCCCCUCCGGUCGGGCGUUCUUAAUCACACCGAGUUUCGCACUUUCUGAUCCAGUAAGACUCUGCCAAUUCCUCGAAUGGUUCAGGAAUUAUUGCGUCAAUCCUCACUACCUGAUAAUGGCAUGUGCGGAUUUCCCCAACUACUUGAAAGCCAUCACGUUAGAGAAGGCGAAGGAACACGAAACGAUCUACUCGACACGCCGAAAUGAUCCUAGGCGCGAGGAAAUGAUGACAGAACUUGGCCUGAGUAGAGCCGAUCUUGAGGCGAGGUUCCGAUCAUGGGAGGUCUUGAAGGAUAUCAUGGACAACUUCGGAGACGAAGAAGCCAGUGAAGAUAUACGGAAGGUGCAUUGGAUCACGGACCUCAUCGACCCCAAUGAUGAACAGAGCCUAGUCAACUGGUUUUGCUGGUGGUCGACUCUAAAGUGCGAUCAAUAUCGCAAGUUUACUGUACUCGGUUCGAGUAACCAUAAAAACAGAGCGGCGUACAGGAACAUAGAAAUACCUGUAUACACUGCAGAAACGGUAGGCGACCCUGACAUCGCUUUGAUUUCUGAAGGUAAACGUCGUCGGGCAGAAGAGGCUGCCUCAACCACAGAGCACGUUGGAGCAAUUGAUCAAGAUACUCCUAUGAGUCCCGGCCACACAAAUACCGGAUUUACUCCAGCCACGCCCGCCUCUCGCACAUUCAAUGAAUUCAAGAGUGAUAUAUUCAAAAAUGAUAGCGCUAGUGAAAUACGCUAUCACAUCACAGCCAUUUUCAAUCAAAGCAGGAAAGGAAACUGGGCCAAGCUGCAUGUCAAUCCUGUAUCGUGGUUGAAUGUGAAUAUGGCCGAUCACUUCGGUGAUCCCAGAUGCGAAUACGACACCUUCAAGAACUGGAUAGGCAGGACCCCAGCAUUUAAUAGGAGUUCAAAUACCUGGUACGGCUUGUUCUACACGAUAGAUAGGGAGUGGGAUUCAAAGGCACCUCCCCAGACAUACGGGCGUCACGCAUGGAUCGCAGCGGUUAGACCUGUCAACCCCCACUUAUCGCCCAACGCUUAUAGUCGAAUGGAGUUGUUCGUCUGGGAUAUACAUGCUCGCGAUAGAGAAAAAAAUACUGGAUCUCUCCUUCUGGACAUGCAACGAAAACUAAUAGAUAUUGUCAAGCAAGAAUUGCCGCUAAAAGAUAGUCGAUUCUAUCUCGAGAAGGUUCACGUGAGCAGCAACACGUACCUCGAAUUCAAGCCGUCAGACAACAUUCUGGAUGUGACUUACCGAAGGCUUCAAGAGGUGAUGAACGAUGGUAAAACCUGGAUGCCUCCCUUCGAUAAUCUUCUCCGUGAUAGGGAUUGGAUAUCGCUUACGGAAUCCGAAUGGAGUAUGGGCGCGACUAUGAGAUUUUCAGACUAUCAACUAUCAGCGCAACAACACGAGCCACCCCCGAGACAUCAUAGCGACGAAGGCAAAAUGCAGAGGUUAGUCUGGCACGCGCCACGCGCCAAGGUUAAGGUGGAAAAGACCAAAUGUAGAAACCAUCUAUAUGAAUGUGCCAUGGAAUCUCGAAAGCAAAACGGUUCAUACCAGACGAUGGGGUACCAGUAUAAGUCAACUCUGGACUGGUAUUACGAUAUGAAGUGCGAACGCCGCGACGCAAAUCACGUUGAUGUGGACAGCGCCGAAAAGAUUCUAGCUAAGCUACUUCAGAAGAAAUAG